ACCGCAAAGAACCAGCAUCGGAAUUCAAGUGGAAUUAACAACUACAAUGCAAUGCUCCUGGGCAUUUGUCUUGGUCCUCAGCAUCUGCUUCCAGUUGGGAGCAGGUCACGCCCUGGACCGGAGUUGGGAACUGCCCAAAGUUCGUGUGACCAUAGGUGACCUCAGCCAUAUUUGCUUGGGUCACCAGGAAGGCGACUUGGUGCCCCAUCCCAAUGACUGUAACGGAUUCUUCUCCUGCUCGCGCAUUCCCACUCUCAUGUACUGCGAUCAGGGUCUGGAGUUCAAUGAAAAUCGUGGUAUCUGCGAUCUGCCAGGGAAUUCCAAUUGUCGGCAGGGUGAUCCGCCCGUAUCCACUGCGGGAUCCCAAGGCAGUUCGGUGGAUAACUCCGAGCUUUAUUGGUGGCCACACAAACCACGCCCGGUCUUCGUGGCCGUCGAUGUGACCAGUGGCCAGCCGGUCAAUCCCAUGGAGAAGUACGAUCCGGAGCACAUCGAGUGCCGUCAUUAUGGAGCCUACUUCCUGCCACAUCCCAAACAUUGUGGCUUGUACUUCAUCUGCGCAUACGGACAUCUGCACCGUCAUCAGUGUGGGCGUGGCACCUCCUGGAACUUCGAGAUGUCCGAGUGUCAGUUGAACGAUCAGGCCGUUUGCUACGGGGAUUCCGUGGUAUCAGAACCCCUCACGAAUGUGGAAAUUUUCGAGGGAGACACCACUCCAAGCAGCGGAGCUCCAGUAACCGUUUGCUAUAUAGUGGGAUCGAGUGAGUACAGCACCCUCCAGCAAUUCCUUACGGAUCCCGAGACCACACAGUUGGCUCCCGUUCCCACGGAACCUUCUCCACCUCGGGCAGAAAUCACCACCUUGACCUGUCCAUCCACCAAGCAGAGCUACAUGUCCCAUCCGGAGGAUUGCAGUAAGUACUACAUCUGCAUCGGCGGGAUGCCGGUGGUCACCUCCUGUCCCAAGGGCCUUUUCUGGGACCAGAAGUCCGGCUACUGCGAGAUGGAAAAGAAUGUCAAGUGCUUUCAAAAAUAAUUAAUAAACGUGGACAUGCACAAAGAAAA